AUGCAAGUGCAAGUUCAGAUUCGAGUUCAAGACUGGACAUUGAAGGGCCACGUCUCUCUGUUGCUGGUUGCUACGGUAGUUUCAACCACAAAGCGUUUACAGAUGCGACGAGCUAUUCGAGAAACUUGGGCAUCGCCUAGAGAGUCUGACGCUGUCAAAACAGGGCGCGUACUGGUCUUCUUCAUUCUAUCAGCACCAACCUCUCUUCAUGAGCUGUACAUGUUGCGCAAAGAACAGAAGAAGCACAAUGAUCUCAUAGUGACUGACCUCCCAGAAACGUACGACAACCUCGUCUUCAAGGUGUACGCCUCGAUGGUAUUUCAUCAGCAGUACUGUCCAAAGGCGCAGUUUCUAAUGAAGGUCGACGACGAUGUGAGUGUUCAUCUUGAUCGCAUGAUCGAUCUAUGA